GUGCCAAGUCAAACAUGGACAAGUCAAGAUGGCCGGAGAGAGUAUGAAAUAUAUUAGGAGGCGAAUGUGCAAAAACAAGAAAUGACGAUUUGAACCAAGAGGAAUUAGUCUUUUCAGCAUACUAGAGAAACAAGAAUAUGCCAAUUUCAUGUAAAUUCCAUAAGCUUUAAUCUCUUCAACGCGGCCAACCAUUAUGGACAUUUAUCUUAGAUGCCAUCUUCACUAUGUUUUCUUUAUUUGUCAUCUUUCUUAAUCGACAUGCAUAUAUACACACAAACUUGGAGAAAGUUAACUUCAACUAGCAUUGACACACAAACUUGGAGAAAGUUAACUUCAAGUAGCAUUGUUUAAGUCCUAUACCUUAUCUUAUGAGUAAUUAAAGAAAAAUAAAACAUAUUUAUUUGUUAACUUAGAAGUUAGAAGCUGCAAUAAUGGCGAUAACAACGUUUCCAAUAGUGGACAAAUGUGCAUCCAUAGGGCGCGAAAAGGACACAGUGGUUGCGGACAUGGAUGGAACUUUGCUUCGUGGUCGAAGCUCUUUCCCUUAUUUUGCCUUAGUUGCUUUUGAAGUCGGAGGGGUUUUAAGGUUACUUUUUCUUCUCUUGGCUUCACCAUUUGCUGGCCUGCUUUACUAUUGCGUCUCGGAGUCUGCAGGAAUCCAAGUCCUUAUUUUCGUGACAUUUGCAGGGAUGAAGGUUUCUGAUAUAGAAUCAGUAGCACAUGCAGUGCUACCGAAAUUCUAUUCAGGGGAUGUUCAUCCGGAGUCCUGGAAAGUGUUCUCUUCGUGUGGGAAACGUUACGUUUUGACGGCAAAUCCGAGGGUUAUGGUGGAAGCAUUCUUGAAGGAUUUCUUGGGAGCUGAUAUGGUUUUAGGGACUGAGAUUGAAACUUAUAAAGAUAGGGCUACUGGUUUUGUUAAGAAGCCAGGAGUGCUUGUUGGGAAGAACAAGGCUGAUGCUCUUAAAAAGGCAUUUGGAGAGGCGAAACCUGAGAUUGGUUUGGGUGAUCGUCAUACUGAUUUUCCUUUCUUGGCUUUGUGCAAGGAGGCUUACAUUGUACCACCUAAACCAGAAGUUAAGGCUGUAACCGCAAUCAAACUUCCCAAGCCCAUCAUCUUCCACGAUGGCCGAUUGGUCCUAAAGCCAACACCUAUCAUGGCAUUGCUUAUCAUUCUAUGGAUCCCCAUUGGUUUCAUCCUCGCUUGCUUGCGUAUUGCUGCUGGUUCACUCCUCCCUAUGCCCAUUGUCUACUAUGCAUUUUGGGCGCUAGGCGUCCGUGUAAUCAUUAAGGGUAACCCUCCACCUCCUGUCAAUAAAUCCGAUAACAAAUCUGGUGUCCUCUUUAUUUGCUCUCACAGGACUCUUCUUGACCCAAUCUUCCUCUCGACUGCCCUUGGACGACCUAUUCCAGCUGUUACAUACUCUGUUUCACGACUUUCAGAGAUCAUUUCACCUAUUAAAACAGUUAGACUGAAUCGUGAUCGAGCUCUAGAUGCCUCCAUGAUCAAGAAGCUCCUACAAGAAGGUGACCUAGCAAUAUGCCCGGAGGGGACUACAUGUAGGGAACCGUUUCUUCUUAGGUUCUCGGCCUUAUUUGCUGAGUUGACCGAUGAGUUUGUGCCUGUGGCCAUGGUGAAUAAGAUGAGCAUGUUUCACGGUACAACGGCUAGAGGGUGGAAAGGGAUGGACCCAUUUUACUUCUUCAUGAACCCUAGCCCAGCUUAUGAAGUUACAUUCUUGAAUAAGUUACCUUAUGAGCUAACUUGCAACUCCGGGAAAUCAAGUCAUGAAGUGGCUAACUACAUACAAAGGGUCAUUGCUGCAACUCUUUCUUAUGAAUGCACUACUUUUACGAGGAAGGAUAAGUAUCGUGCACUUGCUGGAAAUGAUGGCACUGUUGUGGAGAAGCCUAAGAUCAAAAAGGGAAUAAUGGGAUGCUAAUUUAAAGUCAGCUACAUGCCUAACAUUAGAAGAUUUCAACUAUUCAAAUGUUUGAUCAUGUACGGCAUUCAAAGAAAUAAUUUAAGACUUCGCUUUGUCAAUUAAUUAGCUUGUUUUACAUUUCGCA